UGUGUCUGGCUGCCAUUUGCACAUUUGCAUCGACCUGCUGUGCUGCUUUUGUUGGCCAGUUCAUGAGCGGGAUCAAAAGCGUAUGACCCAGCUUCAGCACCACGGACAGCUCCGUGCAUCCCAGCCGUCCGGCGCCGCUCGUGUCCCGGGGAAUCACCGCCAACGUUCGGCCGGCCCUCCGAGCUCAUGACAGAGUGCACUUUGGUGAGACUAUUCCUCUUCUCUCUCUCGGAAGUGACGGAUGUGUCAGCGUUGAGGAGCUCCCGCCAUGAUCUCACGAUACAAACCGAGUUCCAGUUCCACCAUGUCCUUGGCGUUCUGUGGGAGCGAGAAUAACUCAGCCGCCUACAACGUGGACGGGGGCGUCCUGAACAAUGGCUGCUUCCUGGAUGCACUCAACGUGGGGCCGCACGUCUUCCUCCUCUUCAUCACGUUCCCCAUCCUCUUCAUCGGCUGGGGCAGUCAGAGUUCCAAGGUGCACAUCCACCACAGCACCUGGCUACACUUCCCUGGUCACAACCUGCGAUGGCUGCUCACCUUCGUGCUGCUCUUCGUCCUCGUCUGUGAGAUUGCAGAGGGCGUCGUCUCCGACGGGUUCAGGUUCAGCCAGUCCAACCAUCUUCACCUGUACAUGCCUGCAGGCCUGGCCUUCUUGGCGGGCAUCACCUCGAUUGUCUACUAUCAUAACAUUGAGACCUCCAACUUCCCCAAACUACUCCUAGUGCUCCUCAUCUACUGGGUUCUGACCUUCAUCAUGAAGACCAUCAAGUUUGCCAAAUACACACAGCACGGUAUCGGCCCCAGACAGCUGCGUUAUUGCAUCACGGGCCUACUGGUGCUGCUCUAUGGUCUCCUGUUGGCUGUGGAGAUCAAUGUGAUCUUGGGCAGACGAUACAUGUGUUUCGCCAACCCGACAGAAGUAAAGCCCCCCGAGGACCUUCAGGACCUGGGUGUUCGUUUCCUGCAGCCCUUUGUCAACCUGUUGUCCAAAGCCACCUACUGGUGGAUGAACACCUUCAUAACAGCUGCCCACAGACGACCUAUUGACCUCAAAGUCAUCGGCAAGCUGCCCAUAGCAAUGAGGGCCCUCACUAACUACAUGAAGCUUCGCAGGGCCUUCGAAGACCAGAAGAGACCUCAAGGCACGGCGCUGCAGGGCCCCAAGUGGAUCUGGCAAGCCUUGAGAAAAGCGUUCGGCCGACCUCUCAUUCUCAGCAUUACAUUCCGCUUCCUGGCCGACCUGCUGGGUUUUGCUGGUCCACUCUGCAUCUCCGGCAUCGUCCACCACAUCAGCAAGAACAACAGGACCAUCCAGCAACCGAUGAAGUUGUUGGGCAUCUACUUCAUUUCCUCCAAGGAGUUUCUGGAGAAUGCGUAUGUGCUGGCCGUGUUGCUCUUCUUCGCACUGCUCCUGCAGCGAACCUUCCUACAGGCCUCCUAUUAUGUGGCGAUUGAGACGGGCAUCAAGCUACGUGGCGCCAUUCAGACCAAAAUCUACAACAAGAUCAUGCGUUUGUGCACGUCCAACAUGUCCAUGGGCGAGCUAACUGUGGCUCAGAUUUGCAACCUGGUUGCCAUAGAUACCAACCAGCUUAUGUGGUUCUUCUUCCUCUGUCCGAACCUGUGGGCGAUGCCAGUCCAGAUUGUAGUGGGAGUGAUCCUGCUUUAUUACCUCUUGGGAAUCAGUGCCUUGAUUGGAGCGACUGUCAUUGCUGUGUUAGCGCCUGUCCAGUAUUUUGUGGCCACAAAGCUGUCACAGACACAAAAGAGCACUCUGGAAUACUCCAGUGAGCGCCUCAAAAAGACCAAUGAACUUCUACGGGGCAUCAAACUGCUGAAGUUGUAUGCGUGGGAACGUAUUUUCUGUGACAGUGUGGAGGAGACCAGAAGCAAGGAGUUGACCAGCUUGCAAGCAUUUGCUCUUUACACAUCCAUAUCUAUCUUCAUGAAUGCAGCUAUUCCCAUUGCAGCUGUGUUGACAACGUUUGUUGUUCAUGUGCACAUCUCCGAGGACGCUGACCUGUCUCCAGCUGUGGCCUUUGCCUCCCUCUCCCUCUUCCAUAUCCUGGUCACGCCUCUCUUCUUGCUCUCCAGCGUGGUGCGCUCGACUGUCAAAGCUCUCGUCAGUGUUCAAAAGCUGAGCGAGUUUUUCUCAAGUGAUGAGAUCGGAGAUGAGUUGGAAACCAGACCAACGCUGACCUUGGGAUCCAACAAUCAUAACCAAAAUAGGUACCAGGCUGUGUCAUCCUCGAAAGCGCGCCCUUCCUUAGCUUGUUUGUCUGAACUCCCCCAGCCCCUGAAGGUUGUGAACAGGAAGCGCCCCCCAAGGGACGACUGGAACAACUACGCCUCGUCGCAGGGGGAUAACGAGGGCGAUGGACCCUCCCUGGUUGUGGACCAAGACAUCUGUAUCAAGAUAUGCAGUGGGUUCUUCACCUGGACUGACGGACCACCAACCCUCGUCAAUGUGGACAUCAUGAUUCCUUUUGGUAAGCUGACCAUGAUAGUGGGCCAAGUGGGCUGUGGUAAAUCCUCCUUGUUGCUGGCAGCGCUGGGCGAGAUGCAAAGAAUAUCAGGAACAGUCACCUGGAACAGCCUACCCAACCCAGAGUCGGAAGGUGAUGAAAGUCCCACAGACAGAGAUGCUGCCAGUGACGGGGAUAUCAAGAAGAGAUGUGCUGUGGCCUACGCUUCCCAGAAGCCCUGGCUGCUGAACGCCACCGUGGUAGAGAACAUUACGUUUGAGAUGCCAAUGAUCAAAACCAGAUACAAAGCUGUCAUUGAGGCCUGCUCUCUUCAGCCUGACAUCGACAUCCUGCCACAGGGAGACCAGACAGAGAUUGGAGAGAGGGGUAUCAUCCUCUCGGGUGGGCAGAAGCAGCGCAUCAGUGUGGCCAGAGCCUUGUAUCAGCAGACAAAUGUGGUCUUUCUGGACGACCCAUUCUCUGCUCUAGAUAUUCACUUGAGUGACCAUCUGAUGCAAGAUGGGAUCCUCAGGCUCCUGAGAGAGGAGAAGAGGACAGUGGUGCUGGUCACGCACAAACUUCAGUACUUACCACAAGCAGACUGGAUUAUUGCCAUGAAAGAUGGCACCAUCCAGACCGAAGGGACUCUGAAGGACAUCCAGAACUGUGAACCUGAGCUCUUUGAGCAGUGGAAAACGCUGAUGCACAGACAGGACCAAGAGUUUGAGACGGAGACCGUAGCAUCUGGUAUGACAGAUAUGGAAAGGAAAAAUCUGCGGAGAGCUAUGUACUCCAGAGAGGCUGCUAAGACUGAGGAGGACGAGGAAGGUGACACCCCCUGGACUUUCGCCAUGGCUCCAGCACCAGGUUUUACUCUCAUGUUCGAUCAAACAGAAGAAUCCCUGGAGAGUGACGAUGACGACAGCUUGUCGCAGGUAAUGCGUCAACGAGCCACCAUUCCCUGGCACUCCUGCGGCACCUACCUGUCCUCGGCCGGCCUCCUCCUUCUCACGCUGCUCCUCCUGUCACAGCUCCUAAAACAUUCCUUCAUGGUGUCCAUUGACUACUGGCUGGCACAUUGGACGUCACACGUCAUCACGGCCAAGUCGGACGCCACAGCACGCAACUGUACGCUUGUUCAGGACUGUGGCUUCAGCCACUCGUGGUAUUUGUUCGUGUUCAGCGUGUUGUGCUGCCUGGGCAUCAUCCUGUGUUUGGCCACUUCUGUUGCUGUGGAGUGGACCGGCCUCAAAGUGGCCAAGAAGCUCCAUCAGAACCUCCUCAACAAGAUCAUCCUAGCCCCCAUGAGGUUGUUUGAGACCACUCCACUUGGCAGCAUCCUCAACCGCUUUUCCACCGACACGAACACAAUAGACCAACACAUCCCGACCACGCUGGAGUGUCUCAGUCGCUCUACCCUGCUGUGUGUGUCCGCCCUGGGGGUCAUCUCCUACGUCACCCCCGUCUUCCUCUUCGCCCUCCUGCCGCUGGCUGUCACCUGCUACUUCAUCCAGAAAUAUUUCAGAGUGGCUUCCAGGGACCUGCAACAGCUGGAGGAUGGCACCCAACUGCCUUUGCUCUCCCACUUCUCCGAGACCGUGGAAGGGCUCCCCACUAUCAGGGCCCUCAGGUACGAGCCCAGGUUCAGACAGAGGUUACUUCAGUUCACAGACGCCAACAACAUCGCAUCGCUCUUCCUCACUGCAGCCAAUCGGUGGCUGGAAGUGCGCAUGGAAUAUAUUGGAGCCUGUGUGGUGUUGGUCGCCGCCGUGGCUUCCAUCACAAACUCAUUGUACAACCAACUGCCUCCUGGCCUGGUGGGGCUGGGUCUCACCUACGCGCUCAUGGUGUCCAACUACAUGAACUGGAUGGUGCGUAACCUGGCAGACAUGGAAGUGCAGCUGGGCUCGGUCAAGCGGAUUAAUUGCCUCCUCAAAACGGCACCCGAGAACUACGAGGGUCUGCUCACUACGUCUCAGGUCCCUGAGGGCUGGCCCCGACAUGGAGAGAUCCAGAUCCAGAAUCUAAGUGUCCGUUACGACGCCACGCUGAAGCCUGUGCUCAAAAACGUCCACGCGCACAUCAACCCUGGACAGAAGGUGGGGAUCUGUGGCAGGACAGGCAGCGGCAAAUCUUCUUUCUCUUUGGCCUUCUUCCGCAUGGUGGACAUGUUUGAAGGGAGGAUAGUGAUCGACGACAUCGACAUUGCUAAGCUGCCCCUGCACACUCUGAGGUCUCGUCUGUCCAUCAUUCUGCAAGACCCCAUCCUCUUCAGCGGCACCAUUAGGUUCAACCUGGACCCAGAAAUGAAGGCCACAGAUGAGAUGCUUUGGGAGGCUUUGGAGAUUGCUCAGCUGAAGCCUGUUGUUAAAUCGCUGCCUGGGGGGCUGGACGCCAACGUGACGGAAGGCGGAGAGAACUUCAGCCAGGGUCAGCGUCAGCUCUUCUGUCUGGCCAGGGCCUUCGUGAGGAAGAGCAGCAUCCUCAUCAUGGACGAGGCCACGGCCUCCAUCGACAUGGCGACGGAGAGCAUCCUGCAGAAAGUGGUGAUGACUUCCUUUGCAGACCGAACAGUCGUUACAAUAGCACAUCGCGUCCACACCAUCCUGAAUGCCGAUAUUGUGAUUGUGAUGAAGCGGGGCAUCAUCCUGGAGCACGACGAGCCUCAGGCCCUGCUGGACAAGGAAGACAGCGUCUUUGCCUCCUUUGUGAGAGCAGACAAGUAGCACAGUGAAAGAGGCUGAAGGAAGACAUUCAAAGUGCAAUUGGGAUAUUUGACCUUGAUUUUUUUUUAUUCAUAGUGUACUAUACUUGUAUAUAGCAUACUCAAACGUUUGUUAAUAAAGUAUAUAU